AUGGUCAAUGAACUCCUGAGAGACCACCUCGUCGAGGCGCUCUUCGAAUCUCUCUUCUAUGGCCUCUAUUUCGUGAUCUUCACCUUGACAGUCCAUCUUUUUAUCGGUCGACAAGGAUUCCCGCCCAAGACGCGACCCGCGCGACUUGUGCUUACUGGACUGAGUCUCCAGUUUGUAGUGGUAACUGCUCACUGGGUAAUAACGUUGUACCGUACGAUCUACGCCAUGGGGACUCUUGGUGGCGGGGCUGGUGCUUUGGCAUUUUACUCCGACAUAACCCAGCCGGCCUUUAUUGCAAAUCUCGCCUUCAUGGUCACCAGCCAUACGAUCACUGAUGCUUUUGUGCUUCAAAGACUAUAUGCUCUGUCCUCCCGCGACCGCAAGAUUAUUAUUUUCCCGGCUGCAUGUCUUGUCGUACAGAUAGUGGCGGCAACAGGAUUCGUCGUCCGAUCUGCUCUCGCUAAGCGUGGCGAAGACUACUUCACCUUGUCUAAUAGCUGGCUUACCUGCAAACUGGUGACUUCUAUCAUCAUUAGCGUAUAUAGCACCGCUACUAUCUUUGUGCAACUGAUGUGGAUGGUGCGAGCAUUCCCAAUGCAAACGCGAAACGCACAGCUGCGGUCCCUUCUCGCAAUCAUUGUCGAAAGCGCCGCAUUGCAACUGACGAUAACUGUUCUCAAUCUCGUUGCCUUCCAAGCACGAUGGAUUGCGGGUAUUCAUAUUUCCAUGGGCAUUGCUGGGGUCACGUUUGGAAUUUGUACCGCGCUCAUACACAUGCGCAUUGGCCUUGGAUGGGCAAAGGAUGACGGAACCGUCGUCAGCUCAUACGCCGCAUCCACCAUGAAACUUACGGCUCGGUCGGGGACAGCGGGGAAGUUCGCGAUCGAUGAAGAAGGCCAGACGGAGACUAGUCCCAUCCGCAGGUAG